AUGGUGCAAGAGUACAUCUCCCACAGCUCAUCUACUUCUUAUGAAGUCGGCGAAUACGUCGACUGCGAAGACGAAAAAGGCGUUUGGCUUAACGCUGAAAUUCUUGAAAUUUCUGGCGACAGACUUAAAGUUCAUUUCACAAAUUACAAUAAAAAGUUCGACAGCUGGGUACCUAUUUCUAAUGAAAGCGUAUUAAAACAGUGAAGGAGAGGCUCCCCUUUUCAGCUUCAUAACCGCAUUGAUGUGAAGGACACAUAUAACAAGUGAAUGGAAGCGACCAUUGUUGACAUGAAUUCUACACAAAUUAGAGUUCAUUUUAAAGGCUACACAGAAAGGUGGGACGAGUGAAUUAAUAAAAAUUCUGAGAGAAUAAGCGAAAUUGGUAGCAAAAGCACAGCUUUUGGGAUUGGGAAGUUUGACCCGAGCAGGCCUAAUAGGUUUUCUAAUAAAGAAAUACAGACAAGCAUAAUUAGUCAAGAUUUUAAAGAAGGACGAGAAGGUGAUUUUAUGAGGAUUUUAAGGGAAAGAGACUUUUUAAUAGUCCCGGUAGAAGGGGAUGGAAAUUGUUUGUUUAGAUCAGUGUCACAUCAGCUGUAUGGAACUACAGAGCAUCAUGGCUUAGUAAGGCAAGCUGCACUUAAUUAUCUAAGCAUUGAACGAGAAUACUUCUCACAAUUUAUUGUAGGCGGGGAUGCAGGAUUUGACGAAUACGUCUCCCACCAAAGCCAAAAUGGCGCAUGGGGCGACGACAUAGAAAUUGAAGCAAUGUCCGAGCUAUAUGACAGGUCUAUUGAAAUUUAUGCCUAUGCGAACCAGCCUAUGAGGACUUUUCAUGAAAGUUACGGAGAAGGCACCCCAAUUAGGCUCGCAUACCAUGGGAGAUCUCAUUAUAACUCUAUUAUCGGCAAAGAUGGACAUGAGCCAUUACUUACAAGCAGACCUGGAGAAUUUGAAGAAAUCAGAAUUCAGCUUACCAAAAGAAUCAGCCAAGGCUUAGAACCGAGGCACGAAAAUAUAAGGAGGGCAAGAGAAGGCUUUGAUAAUUCAGCACAGACAGAUUUAGAACAAGCCUUAAGCAUUUCUCUUCAUAACAGCCAAGGAAAUAGCGUAGAUGUAGCUAUAGAAAGGUCAAUAAAUGAGCAGACUGAAGAACAGAUGAUCAGGCAGGCUAUUGAGGAGUCAAAAAGAGGGGACGAUGACGCCCAAUUGAGAAUGGCAAUGGAAUUAAGUAUGCAGGGGGAAAGAAACACAGAAGAGGAUUUAAUAAGAAUGGCUAUGGAAGAAAGCAAAAGAGAAGCUUCCCAGAACUUUUUGAACCCAAGCAUACAAAUUGUAGUGGACUCAGGGUUUACAAUGGAGCAAGCACUGGGGGCGUGAACUGUGGUAGGAGAUGACCCAAAUUUAAUGAUUGAAUAUAUAUUAAAUUCGCAAUUUUAA